CAGACAUCAAGUCCUAACAAUUUGGCUGAGGUUUGCAAGAUAAAUGAGGAGGAUCUGGGGAUCACAAGGAGUUUGAGGAAACUGGGCACAGAAGGUAUCAAACCUUUUAGGUUGAGAUUGAGGCCCAGUAUUGAUACGUAUUAAGAGGCAGUUACAUCCUGUUGCAGAGCAUGAUGGUCUACCAGUUGUGAAACCGGGGAUUCAAAGAAGAUUCUGGGGUCCUGAUGAUUGCCAUUUAUUUCUUCAUCAACUAUUUUCAAGCUUGUUGAGGUGCUUUUCCAGCAUCUUAUUUUCAGCUCUGCAUUGGUGAUUUUCAGCAGCAUACAAUGGCUUCUCCAACAACAGAGUCUCAAUCUUCAUAUCCUCUGUUUCUUUUUUCAUGAUUGAAAAAACACAAAACAACCCCACGAGAGAACAGUGAGUGAGCACAAUGAAAAACAGACUUUGAGGAAUCUUCAAAAAAUAGAUGGAAGUGUAAAAUUUUCUUGAAGCAGAAAUUAGUAGUUACUUCCAUAUUUAAGAUCUUGGUGGUUAUGGCAAAUUUUACACCAAUGAAUGGUACAAUGGGCUACAGAUUGGAUGAAUUACGGUCAUCUGCAACAUGACAUAGCGUACCAUACCUUUUUCUUGUCACUGCCCACAUGUUGAUACAUUCCCCUUUUUGUUUCCAAAAGAGGAUUUCACAGAAUUACAGUGUGCCUGAUCCAACCGACCACUUUGAUGUUCUUCACUAGACUAUACUGUCAGAGACACAAUGAUCAUGCACAAUAACAGUACAAUCUCCCCCUUGGUUUCAAAUGUGAGCUCCUUCUGGAACAGAGAUACCCAAGGACCAGGACCUGUUGAUGAUACAACAUUAUUCACUGGCAGCUAUGACUUCACUCAAAAAAACGAGAGUUUCCCCUUCACCUCUGUAGAAGCAACCAAUGCAUCCCUUAAUGAAACAGGCAAAGACCCUCUUGGCGGACAUACUGUGUGGCAAGUAGUUUUGAUUGCUUUUCUCACUGGUAUCUUGGCACUGGUGACAAUCAUAGGAAACAUUCUAGUGAUUGCAGCAUUUAAAGUUAACAAACAACUGAAAACAGUCAACAAUUAUUUCCUGCUCAGCCUUGCUUGUGCCGAUUUGAUCAUUGGUGUUAUUUCCAUGAACCUUUCCACCACAUAUAUCAUCAUGGGCCAAUGGGCUUUGGGGAACUUGGCCUGCGAUCUUUGGCUCUCCAUUGACUAUGUAGCCAGCAAUGCCUCUGUCAUGAAUCUCCUUGUCAUAAGUUUUGACAGGUAUUUUUCCAUCACUAGGCCACUUACAUACAGAGCUAAACGAACAACAAAAAGGGCUGGAGUGAUGAUUGGCUUAGCAUGGGUCAUCUCAUUCAUUCUUUGGGCCCCUGCCAUCUUGUUCUGGCAGUAUUUUGUUGGGAAAAGGACUGUGCCUCCCAAUGAAUGUUUUAUCCAGUUUUUAAGUGUACCUAUCAUCACUUUUGGCACCGCCAUAGCUGCCUUUUAUUUGCCGGUCACCAUUAUGAGUAUUUUGUACUGGAGGAUCUACAAGGAGACAGAGAAGCGCACCAAAGAGUUAGCAGGGCUACAAGCCUCUGGCACCGAAGCAGAGGCAGUGCAGUUUGUCCACCAAACCGGCAGUUCCAGAAGCUGCAGCAGCUAUGAGCUGCAGCAGCAAAGCCUGAAGCACUCCAACAGAAGGAAAUUCAGACGCUGCCACUUCUGGCUCACAGCAAAGAGCUGGAAACCCAGCGCAGAUCCAGGGGAUCAGGAGCACAGCAGUAGUGACAGCUGGAACAACAAUGACGCUGCCGCCUCUCUUGAAAACUCUGCCUCCUCUGAUGAAGAAGACAUUGCCUCGGAGACGAGAGCCAUUUAUUCCAUUGUGCUGAAGCUUCCUGGUCACAGUGCCAUCCUCAACUCCACAAAGCUACCCUCCUCAGAAGAUUUGCACGUGUCAGGGGAUGAACUACAGAAGUCUGACACUGAAUCAAAGGAGAGGAAACAUAAAAAGCUGCAUGCUCAGAAGAGUGUGGAGGAUGAGGGGAUUUUCCAGAAGAGUUUUUCUAAGCUUCCAGUUCAACCAGGGUCAGUAGCAGAAACAAACAAGACUGCUGAUGGCAUUUCAUCUGUGGCUACGACACCUGCAGCCCUGCCUCUGUCGUUUAAGGAAGCCACUCUGGCAAAAAAGUUUGCCUUGAAGACCAGAAGUCAGAUCACCAAGCGAAAACGAAUGUCACUUAUUAAAGAGAAGAAAGCAGCACAGACACUCAGUGCCAUUUUGUUUGCCUUCAUUAUCACCUGGACCCCAUAUAAUAUCAUGGUUCUGGUGAACACCUUUUGUGAGGACUGUAUCCCAAAGACAUUUUGGAACCUGGGGUAUUGGCUUUGUUACAUCAACAGCACAGUGAACCCUAUGUGCUACGCACUGUGUAACAAAACUUUCAGAACCACCUUCAAGAUGUUACUGCUGUGCCAGUGUGACAAACGGAAACGACGCAAACAGCAGUAUCAGCAGAGGCAGUCAGUCAUUUUUCAUAAGCGGAUCCCUCGGGAGGCUUCAUAGAAUAGUAUUUUUUAACAAAUGAAAAAAUAUAGAUAUAUGUGUGUGUGUAUAUAUAUAUAUAUCGACAGCAAAGGGAGAAUGGAUUUGGGAGGGAGGGCGGUUCCAGAGUGCUGAUGAAAAUGUUUGAUCAUCAUGAAAAACAUGAAAGCAGCUGCCAGCUUAUGUUUCCUUUUAAUAAAUCCAGUUUAGUAUGAAAAUCAAAUCUGAAUUCAGCAAAAACAAAUACACUUCAAGGUUUUUAUUAAGGAAAUGAAAGACUUAAUAAAGUUUUCCUACAAUGUUACAAGUUGUAUAGCAAUUAUAAACUCAUUACUGAUCUGCCCAGGUUUUUGAUUGUAAUCAACUCUGGGAUCUCAGGUAAGCACAUCUAGCUAGACCAACUGUUUUCCAAGGAAUCCAACAAGUUUCAAGUUAAGUCACAUCUGGACACAGCAAGCUAAACAUGAGUAUGAAAUUAUUUAAAACACUGUAUAGGUUGCAAAACUACUUCUUGUUGUCCUGGUUGAGCUUCCUUGUGUUCUCCUCUUUCGGUGUAUUGUUAAUUGUAGCCCUGAGUCUUAAACCUUAUUCAGUACCUAUUUUUGCAGCUCAUGUUGUGUGUGUGUGUGUGUGUGUGUGUGCGCGCACGCGUGUGUGUUCACGUGUAUGUAUGUGUGUACACGUGAGAGAGAGUACACAAUGUACACUCACAGUCACAUAAUAUAUAUUUAGACACACACAGACAUAUACCAGGAAAGAAGUGAUUUAUCAGUGUAGGUCUUUACAUGGCUCCCAUCAUUGUGGUAUAUGAGUGAAAUAAAUUAUUUGGCAAAUUAUUCUCCAAGUGUAGAUUUAUUUCAUUAUUUUCUACUUGUCAUUCUAAUUUCUCUUUAAAACCCAGUGCAAUUCACAGAGAUUUGGAAUGGAGCUGGCUGAA